AUGACAACUGGCGGAGGUGAGAUCUGCUCUUAAAAAAUCUGUAAUGGUAAAAAAUGCUUUUCCAUUUCUGAUUGGCCUAAAUUCCCCGGCUUAUUCUUUAUAAACAGUUACCAUUUUCAACUUUUGAAGACGUCUAACGUCAGUUGUACAGACAUCGUUUGGGAGAGGGACGGCAGAGGGUUCAGUAGCUCAGCUGUUUUAACAAAGCUGAAGAUUUCCCCGGCAAGGCGGGUAUGCAGGUUGUCUUUUCGGCCUUUGUGGUCCUUCAUGAGAACAGUACAAUUUCACGAUGUUAAUUAAAAAGCACUUUUUCGAAAUGAAUGAGAGACGUGAAAGUAGGUCUCUUGUCUUAAACAGGGUUAUGGUUUGAAGGGCUCGGCAGCUCACUUUUAUCCAAACUUUCCUGAGCCAAUGCAACUUCUCGAAAUCGUGUAAUUUCUUUCUGGGAUCGGAUAACUUGGCCUUUUUAAUAAUACGAAGCAAAUAUAAGACGUAUACGGGUAUGUACACUGCACGUAAUAAUAAUAAUAAUAAUAAUAAUAAUAAUAAUAAUAAUAAUAAUUUUAUUUAUAUAGCGCUAAAAUCCAAUAAUUGUCCAAAGCGCUACCUAAUUACAAAAAAGAAUAUAAAAAAAAAAAUGUAAAUUAUAAAAUAUCNAUGCUAACUUAAAUAAAAAAGUUUUAAGGGAUUGCUUAAAAGUUGCCACUGAAGCACAUUUCCUAAUCUCUAGAGGUAAAUCGUUCCACAAUUUAGGUCCCGCAAUAGAGAAAGCUCUGUCUCCAUAUGUUUUCAAUCUGCUUCUUACACUGUACAUAACACUGUUAUUCUAUCUCCGAAUAUUAUUAUUAUUUGAAUAGUUGAAGAAACACAAAAGAACACGAAAAGAAAGAUGCAACCUGGAAAUGGCGACACCGUAUCGUUGUUUAUUCCUUUACUUGUGAAAAUUGUUUGUUCUUAAUAUAUAGCUUUAGCCAGGGCUAAAAGCGAAGCUCCGGCCCGUUGAUAAAUUUACAAUUUAAAUCAAACGAUAAACUUUUAACCAGUUUAACCCACAAAUCACUAAUUUUAGGGCACAUUCAUGUGACGUUAGAGGGAGGGCUAAGUGAUUUUUGCAAACAGUUCAAGGAUAAAAAAAAUUCUUACAUACCGUUCAUAGUCUUAUUUUUACACCCAAAAAGUAGAAAUCACCUUUGAUCACAGCACAUUAGGCUUGGAAAACAAAUUUUUCCAAAACAAAUAACCUAUUCGCACAUUAACACCACCCUUAUUUUAUAAGGUUAAUUGGACAGCGCUGAUAUAUAAUUAUAUGUUAUAAAGGUCGGUUAUUAGACAUGAUAGUCCUCGGUAGCAGCCAAUUUAUACGCUAUAAUUUGUUGGUUCAGCUGGUUGUAUCCCUCUACAAGCAACAUUGUGAUUCUGACUAUUCUGCUUGCAAAAUUUAAUAUGUCUACUUGUUAUCUUUGCAGAUCAGGUCUUUAUAUAUCCUACGUUCGGCAUACUCGUUUGCGGUUUUAGUCCUUUCUGGUUAAUGUUUGUUCUUUAUGUAUUUUGGGGUCGUAGAACUUUUAUAGAUCCGAUAUGCUGUAAUUUUUGCAUGGUUCUGUCCAUGUUUUUGAGGUUGGUUUUGCCCAAUCCUUUAUUUUCUUUCCGAGACAGCAACUUGACACUUGGACCCUUGCGGCCCCCGAGAAGACACAUAGUAUGGCGUGAUUCUGUCGGUGAUGAGAGUUCUAGGUUAAAUCAUAGUGCGCGGAUAUUUUUCAUCAGAGUUUUCUCUGGUUGUUACGCCAUACUGUCGGAGCCCAAAAAAGAGCGAAGCAGCUGUCUAUGGCUAUAGUCCCGCUCUGUUUUGAGUUCUUUCAGUGUCGUGUUGAUGUCUUGCUUCACGGUGGAGUGAAUAUUUACCAUAUAUAGUCAUUUGUUUUAAGUUAAUUUUUACGUAUAUAGUACGAUCAGCAUUGCAGUAUUCUGCAUGCAGAACUUAAUAUGUCUAUUUGCUAUUUUUGCUGAUCAGGUCUUUAUAGACUGAAUAUGGCCAACGCAUGACCGUGGUGAGAAAAGCCAAAAGCAACUACCUUUCCUGCCUGUUAAAAACUGGCUAAGCCAGUUGGAAAUCAACAUUUUGAUUGUGCAGCUCAGAAACACAACUUUAUUUCCUAUGCGUAGAAGAAAAAUUGAACUUGAGCCUACGAAUGUUUAAAAAGUAGUAACUUGUCAGCGGAUAACUUCAUAAAAACUCAAACCCGAUGGGUCAACACAAGAGCCCGCGAUACGGCCAUGUGAUAUUGCUCAGCCGAUACCCUGUUUUGACAACUGUCACCUGACGAAAAUAUGGAUGUCCAUUAUCAGGUUACAGACUCCCACACUAGCUAGAAAGUGUGAGAUUUAAUCUUGGUUUCCCUACAGUGUAGACGGACGUCGGACGGACGAUCACGUGACCAAAUUUCCCUGAUAGAUCGAAAUGCGCGCGUCGAGCUUCGCUAUUAAAACAACCUUUCUUACUGUUUUUACAAAUGUACAACUUCAAUAAAAUACCUCUUUAUCUUCACAUUUUUCCUUCAGGAGGCUGGCUCCUCGUUUCCAACAUCACGAUGGAAAGCUCAAUUCUUCCCUAUGAGCUGCCAGACAAGACUUCAUACCCUGGAAUAACCAGUGAUCAGAUGGUUCUCACAAAAACCGUCAUGAAUGAGCUUAGAACACACUUGUCUUUCACCCAACUGAGAUUCCACUGCAGUAAAAACAAUGGACGUACGUUCCACGUGACCACUGCUGCUAACAGCACUGGUGAAGCUGUAGUACAGUACUUCAGCGGUCAGACGGAUGUCCAGCCCGCCUCGUGUGGCUCAUACGUCAGAAUGGAAAAUGACAACUCAAGGUUAGCAGGUGUUUGCCAAAAGUGGGGAUUCGAAAGUGGCUCACAUGAGGUAGCUAAAUGGGGCCAUGGAUUUGAUCAAGAGAGAUUAUACCACCACCCUGCUUUUGCUAGAGAUUUAUAUCAUUGGACGCUUGAUGGUCAAACAAAAAGAUGGGAAUGCGACGAUUAUCUUGUUGGCGUGACCACCGGUGAUUUCUGGAAGAUUUACGUUCGCUAA